UUAUGGUGGAUGACAGACGUGGCUCGGUCGGUUAAAUAUAUUAUGAUUUUUAUGUCUAAGUGAAAUUAUAUAUUUAAAAAUGUCGGAUGUAAUUGUACCGAAGGGUCAACCAGCUCCCGGGGAUCCCGAAAAAAAAGGUUGGCUGUUUAAAUGGACUAAUUACCUUAAGGGAUAUCAACGAAGAUGGUUCGUGUUGUCAAAUGGACUAUUAUCGUACUACAGAAAUCAAGCGGAAAUGGCACAUACAUGUCGUGGUACAAUAUCGUUACUAGGUGCAUUGAUCCAUACGGCUGAUUCAUGCACAUUCGUAAUCAGUAACGGUGGUACACAAACAUUCCACAUUCGGGCCCAUGAUGAAGUGGAGAGGCAGAGCUGGGUCACGGCACUGGAAUUGGCAAAGGCAAAAGCUAUCCGAGCACAAGAAUCAGAUGAUGAUGAUGAUCAAAUGUCAGAUGGGCAAGUAGCAGUUGGUGGUGGUGAAGGAGGUGAAUCUGAGGAUGCUGGUGGAAUAGCUAGAGAAUUAGCCGCCCGUUUCCAUGACUUGAGGACAUGUUCUGAACUUGUAGCGAGGCAUGGCACAGCCUUACAAAGGUCUUUAGUUGACUUAGAAGUUCCGCCCACUGACACAACUAAACAAGUCUCGGAGAGAGCAACAUUGUUUAGAAUAUCAUGUAAUGCUAUGAUGAAUGCAUGUUCGGAGUUUAUGAGUGCAGCUGCCGCGUCGAGCGCGCGAAUGAGUCGUGCACUGCAGCACGAAAGGGAACAGAAGAUGCGGCUGCAGGAAAUCGUAGAGCAGUUGGCGAGGCAGCACGACAACUUGGAGAAGACGGUUACAGCAAGGAGCACCCCUCACACAGGUGGUAACAGUACAGGACAGGGUAACGAAACAGAGGAUGAGGACCAUGAGUUCUUUGAUGCAGUUGAAGAGGGGGUCAGCACUGCUAUGGACGAUAAGACAUCGUUUGUAAUCAAAGUGCCUGUAAAUAGGAAAAAUAAAGUUAAAAGCGGAGAGAGUUCUGACGAAUCUGAAGGUGAAACGGUGACGGAAACACAACAGGUAAUAUUUGUAGAAGACAAAGGUCGCGUGGAGAACAACAUGGGCGGUACAGAAGUGAAUGUUGAUAAUACUACAGAGAAACAACUGGACAACAAAGAACAGACUGUUAAAGUAUGGCCGCAUGUCUCGGAGGUGACGGUGAGCAUGGUGGACAGUCACCCGCGCCGAGUGCGCGUCCCCGACAAACCUAACUACCCUUUAAGUUUAUGGUCUAUCAUGAAGAAUUGUAUAGGUAAGGAUCUAUCGAAGAUCCCAAUUCCUGUGAACUUCAGCGAACCGCUGUCGAUGCUGCAGCGGCUGACGGAGGACUACGAAUACUCCAGCAUCCUUGACCAGGCCGCCACCUUCUCAGACCCUGCGCAACAGCUCGCCUACGUCGCUGCCUUCACCGUCUCAUCCUUCUCCACUACUUCUAACAGGACAAACAAACCGUUCAAUCCUCUGCUGGGUGAGACUUACGAGUGUGACAGGAUGUCUGACCUCGGCUGGCGCUGCAUCUCUGAACAAGUGUCGCACCACCCGCCGAUGGUGGCGCAGUUCUGCGAGGGCGCAGCGGGCUGGCAGUGCUGGCAGGAGUUCACCAUGACCACCAAGUUCCGCGGCAAGUACCUGCAGGUCAUCCCGCUGGGCGGCGCCUCCGCGCUCUUCCCGCACUCCGGCAACAAGUACACCUGGAGGAAGGUAACGACGACGGUACACAAUAUAAUAGUGGGUAAGCUGUGGAUGGACCACCACGGGGACAUGGACAUCGUGGGCGAGGCAGGCGCGGCGGCGGGCUACGUGGCGCACCUCAAGUACCACGCGUACGGCUACUUCAGCAAGGACACGCAGCGCAAGGUCACCGGCGUCAUCAAGGACCCCCAGGGAGUGCCGCGCUACGUGCUGCAAGGGCACUGGGACAGCCGCGUGGAGGUGGCGGCGGUGACCAGCGCCUCCGCAGACAACACCGUCUGCAAGACCGGCAAGUUCCUGCUGGCCUGGCAGCGGGCGCCCGCGCCGCCGGACUCCGACAAAUGGUACAACUUCACUGUGCUGGCGGCGCAGCUGAACGAGCCGGAGGAGGGCGUGGCGCCGACGGACUCGCGGCGGCGCCCCGACCAGCGCCUCAUGGAGGAGGGGCUGUGGGACGACGCCAACGCGGAAAAGCUGCGUCUCGAGGAGAAGCAGCGCGCCAAGCGCCGCGAGCUGGAGGCCGCAGCGGAGGCUGCGGCUGCGAGCGGAGCGCCCGCGCCGGAGCCCCCGAAGCCGGUGUGGUUCACGCGCGCCGCCGCGCCCGGUCACGCGCAUCUCCGCCAUCUCUACACGCACCGCUACUGGGACUGCAAGGCGCGCGGCGCCUGGACACAGUGCCCAGACAUAUACUAACACCCCCACACCCCCACACCCCCCCACCACCCUCCAUCUCAUGUGCUAAAUAAUGUAUUAUUCAAGAAUCCAUUAUAGUUUGUCUAAAUAAGAAUGAUUAGUUUGAUAAUUUACUAGAAAUGGGUUGUGUGAAAUCAGAAAUUAAUCUUUUUCGUUUACUACUCUCAUAGAAGUUGUAAUCGAUAGAUUUAUAGCUAUACCUUAUGGAGUAAAAAUUAAAAAAAGUUUGUUACUCAAAGUCAAAUUAAUAAUAAGAUAUACAGAACAAAUGAGAGUUUAUAAACAUUUAUUACUAAUACUGUCAUGUAUAUGGAAUUCGUAAAUCUUAUUGUCGUCGCAUCACUGUUAACAACUAGAACUGUUACUUAAUUUUUUUAAUAGGUGAAUAGCAAUUUUAGUUAUAUAUUUUUUAAUCGAAUAUCGAUAGUUCAUAAUUGCUAUGCGCCUAUGUUUCGUCACUACCCGUCUAUGAAGAACAGAAUUUAGCUUCAUAUAAAUUUAAUUUUAUACUUUAUGCGUGAUUUAUCAAACUAAACAAGCUUAAUUAGACAAACUAUACAUUAUUUCAUCACCAGCUCACUAUACGUUCCCACUGAGGGACUCAGUCUACCCUUUUUAGGGUGACAUUAUAAAACGAUACUCACAUUUAGCUAAAGUUAAAAAACAGUUCGACUUAUUACUGAGUGUCUGUAGUGAAAAUUGUAACAAAAUCGCAAAACAAUAUGAAAAACAUACUAUAUUUUGCAUUAAACAGUCGAGUGGGCUAAACGGCUCCCACAGUGACCGCUUAGUGACUCAAGCUACGGUUAGUGUACUAAAAUCGCGCAGAAUUUUGGGUGUCUUUUUCCCAUUGAGUACGAUUGAGUUAAAACGAUCGGCCCAACGGGAAACAGAAUGUUAGUGCCUUAAGUAAUCGCGUUUACUCAAGAAAGGAUUGUUUUCUGCCAAAUGUCGAAAUAGAUUCCGCCAUUUAAUAAAACAUACCUACAAAUACAACACAUAAAUAUAUACAAUUUGUGUAUUCGCGUGUCUGUCUGUCCGCAGUCAUGUAUAUUUAGUCCGAUGUCAAUUUUAUAUUAUAAUUUUAUAAAAUAUUAAACUGAUAAGCUCCUUAAUUCUCUUUUGUACGAGUCUUGUGUAAAUGUUUUGUUUGUCAAUGUGUCUGCAAUCGUUUGUACAUACAAGAGUAAAUCAUGUAAAUAUUUCCUUUUGGUAUUCAUUCCACGAUAUUUUAUGAUGUAUUUUUCUCAUUAUUUAUUGUUAUAUUUUUUCUAAAUUUUUUUUAAUCGUCGUAUACGCUACAAUCCAAAUAAUACGCUAGAAACUCAUGUAACAAUAGCAAUGAAUCCAUUAUUUAUUCUCAGACAUGUAUAACAGAUGUAUUUUAACUAAUUUGUGAUGUGUGCUGACCAAGAUAAAAAUUUUAUACUUUAAUUUAAGAAAUUAUUGUUUUUUUACGAGAAGUAUUUGUGGCUGAAUUCGGCCUAACUCAUGGAAAUAGACUAAAAAAUGAAAAGGUCAAAUUUGUAUUUAAUCUAGCUAAUAA